AUGCAAACAUGUCGUCCGGUUUGCUCUCUCUGGAGGGGUCUGCACUCUCUUCCUCGUCAAAGAUUCAUAAUAUCGCAACAUAGGAACUAUGCAACCGCUUCCAGUGACAUAACACCGCCCGAGAGGAUUAGGAAUAUCGCCAUUAUUGCCCAUGUUGACCAUGGUAAAACGACCUUGGUAGAUCAACUGCUUCGUCAAUCUGGUACCAUUAAACGUCUGAGUGCUCUGGAGCAACUACAGCUCACACCAACGUCCCAAUCGGCUUCUGGAACUACCGCGGAUAGCGUCGUCGAUGGAGGAUUUAUCACUCGUGUUAUGGAUUCAAACGACCUCGAGAGGGAACGCGGUAUUACCAUCCUAUCGAAAUGUACAAGUAUCAUGUAUCAGGGGAACCUCAUAAACAUUGUCGAUACACCAGGACACGCGGAUUUCGGUGGUGAAGUCGAGCGUAUUAUGAGUAUGGUCGACGGUGUUGCGCUUGUUGUUGAUGCUACAGAGGGUCCGAUGACACAGACUAGAUUCGUGUUGUCAAAAGCUUUGAGUCGUGGUUUGCGGCCACUAGUUGUCAUGAACAAAGCUGAUAGACCGACAUCUCGACCCACGCAAGUUGAGAACGACUUAUUUGACCUCUUCGCAACACUCGGUGCAACGGAUGAACAAAUGGAAUACCCCCUUCUCUACGCCUCUGCCAAACAAGGCUGGGCUCAACUCGAACCGCCUGUAAUUUCGUCCUCUGAACUCGGUGCCACCCCCCUCGAACCAUCAUCGCCAGUAGUAGGUUCGGUAGAGGAAAUCGGUACACAGAUGACGCCUCUUUUCGAUACGAUACUAUCCCAUGUUCCUCCACCAAGUCAUCUUUCACGAACGGACCCUUUCUCGAUGCUCACCGUUCAGAUUGAGUCUGACCCAUACGUUGGCAUGCUCUACCUCGGCCGUAUCCACUCUGGUGUGCUUCGGGUUGGAGACAACCUUUUGGCUCUUGACGCCGAAGGCAACAAAUGCGGCGAAGGAAAGGUCAAAAGGAUUUUCAGCCGUGUCGGUAUGGAGAGAGUCGAGAGAGAUGUUGCGGGUGCGGGGGAGAUCGUCAGUAUUGCUGGAAUCAAGAUGAACAAGGGUGGAGGUGUGAAUGUCAGCUUGGUAGCAACAGAAGGAUGGGGUGAAAGGGGACUCAAACCGCUUGCAACUACCCCAAUAGACCCACCCACCAUUUCCAUGUUCGUUUACCCCAAUGACUCCCCAUUCGCAGGCAAAGAAGGCAAUAAACUCACCUCCCAACUUAUUCGUGAUCGAAUCUACAAGGAAGCUGAAACCAACGUCGCCCUGAAAGUUCUUCCUGGUCCAACCUCAGAAUCUAUCGAGCUUCGUGGUCGUGGUGUCCUUCAUCUAGGCGUACUCUUCGAGACCCUCCGUCGAGAAGGGUUCGAGUUGACCAUUGGACCCCCCAAAGCUGUGAUGAAGCCAAAUCCCGACGCACAAGGGAGGAAAGGCUUACAUGCGAUGCUUGAGCCUAUCGAAGCCUGCACUAUAUACGUCAAAGAGGAGUACGCCGGGAAAGUUAUCGAAAAGUUGACGAUGAGGAAGGGAGAAAUGACUUUAUAUGAGAAUGGAGAUCCCGAAGAAGGUUGGGUCAAGAUCGAAAUGGAUAUCCCGGCGAGGGGAUUGAUUGGUUACAUGGCUGGAGAGUUUAAAAACGACGUUCAUGGAGAAGGAACUCUGAACCACUACUUCAAGGAUUACCAACCAUACAAGGGCUCUAUCGAUACUGGAAGAAAUGGAACUCUUAUCUGCAUGGCUCUAGGCGAGUCAUCUGCCUAUGCUAUGGCUCCCCUUCAAGCUCGCGGAAAUAUGUUCAUACAUCCCCAAACCAGCGUCUACCCUGGCAUGGUCAUCGGUGAAUGCUCCAAAUCUCAAGACCUCUACGUCAACCCAUGCCUGAAGAAGCAACUGACGAACAUCCGUGCAGCUGGCGCUGAUGAGAAGAUCGUAAUUGCCUCCCCCAAAAUUAUGAACUUAGAGGAAAGCAUGGCGUACAUGGCUGACGAUGAAUUGGUAGAGAUUACACCGCACUCUAUUCGGUUGCGGAAGUUGAUUAUGGAUCCGGACAAAAGGAAGAGGAUGAAUGCCUCUUCUAAUAAGGCUUAG